CUAACAUACAAUUGGAGACAUUGAGAGAGCGAGGAGGAAAUUGUAGCAAGUCCCUAACGUAAUAAGAGAACAGAUUCAAAAUAAGCGACACAGAAUUCAUGCUCACACACAGGCACUAAUCACAGAGCUCGCACUGUACUUGAAGGACGAUCGCACAUUUGAAUUCGAUAGUAGUCAGAAAUAGGAAUUGUUGAACAGAAGCGUGGCUGUUAUAUUAGACUUCGCACUGUGGGUUUUUAUUUACACAUACAAGCCUUUCAUCUUGCAACCUACUGGAGGAGGCAGCGCCCCUCCCAAGAGACUGUCAAGCCGAGAUAGACUGGGUGACCUACAUCCUGCAACACGCCUGGAGCAGUAGAGCACUUCUCUGUCUGCUCAGCACAGCGCUCUCGCAAAAAUAUUGAAAAACAAAACAGAGAAAAGAAGGUUAGAGAAUUGCUCAGUGAAGCUUGUCACAUUCUCCACUCCAGGAACUCUUUUUUUUUCUCUACAAGGCAGCUUUGACCCACUUUUUUUGUGAGAGCUGAAGAGACUUGCCUAGAGAAAGGCUGAACAUACAUUGGAUAAAUGAGGGGAAUUAACGCAGAGUUCCACCGUUUCUUGAUCUUCUUGGCCAGUUUAGACACUUGAACUAUAAGCUCAUUCGUUCAGUGAGAAAUAGCUGAAUCCCACUGUUCCUUAUCACCCCAUUCCUUGAGUUUCCUUUCCAGUGGUUGUAGCAAUAUUCCAAACUGUCCUCCACUGAGCAACAAUGGAAUGCCUGAAUUCACAACCCCAAUCAGCAAGCUCAGAAAAUAACCUAGACAGCUUAGAGACAUACUCUAACUACGAAGAGUCUCUCCCAUCACCUCAAGGAACCCCCUCUCGCCAGGGCCGUCUCGUCAAGCCCAGCAUGAGUUGCAGACGCAAGCGUGAGUUCAUCUCUGAUGAAAAGAAGGAUGCAUUCUAUUGGGAGAAGCGCCGUAAGAACAACGAGGCGGCCAAACGCUCCAGGGAGAAGCGACGACUGAACGACAUGGUGUUGGAAAACCGCGUCAUGGUGCUGAAUGACGAGAACUGCCGCCUGAAGACGGAGCUGCUGCAGCUGAAGCUGCGCUUUGGCCUUAUCACCACUGCCUCCUACAUGGAGAAGAGCCAGCAGCUCACUAGUGGAGGCAGCAAUGGAGGCAAUGGGAGAUCCUCCACAUCCAAUUACUACUCCAGCGGCUACUCCAGCAGCUCCCAGGUGAUGAUGAACUCUGACUCCUCUGAGACUGAGCAGUCAGGCAGCGGGGGGGGGCAUAGUCAACUGGUGACGUACUCCCCCCAUGGGUCCCUUUCAGACAUGUCAGACGGGUCCUCCCGGGACAGCCCAGAGCCUGCGGUCUACGGGAUCAAGCAGGAGGAUAGCAGCCUGGAGAUGGACAUUGGAAGCAGCAUGUUCAACGUCCACCAUAGCCUGUCCUCCACACAUCACCAGGAAGAGAUGGAGUCGGUCUACCACAGCCAACAGCACCACUCCUACCACCACCAGGAGAGCAUCACAAGCCAGACCAGUCAGGUCCCUCCACCCACCCAACAGAGGAGUGUCAUCCUCUACCGCUCCAGUAGUGCCUCCUACCCUGGGGAGAGCCAAAGGCAGCAGGACAUAGAUCAACAGACAGCCCAACAGCAGAGUUCUCAGGCCGGCCAUCUGGCCCAGGCUCGAGAGAGCCACAUGGAGAGCUCAGAGAGACUGGCAGAGGUGACCAAGCAGAUGGAGAGGAAGACACUAGACUCCCCUCCGUACCACUACUCAGACUGCCACAGCGAGGCAGGAGAGAGGCAGGUGUACAGAGCUCUGCAACAGGAGCAAAAGACCCAGGCGGGCCUCGCUCCAGACAUCCUCCAAAAACAGGAGGCAGUCACGUCCCACCUGUACCACAACCAGGCUAGUCACCGCUAUCUUAGCACCCAGAACGAGGAGCCCCCCAAACUGACCUAUGAGGGCGGGGCCAGGAGUGAGGGGUACUACCAAGAACACUUAACCUCAGGCAAAGACACCUCCUCUAGUGACAAUGACCCCCGCAGCUCUGACAAGGAUGCCUCCACGGACGACGAGUCCCCGUCCUCCUCCUUCUCUGACGCCGGGAGUUACCUCCAGCACUUGUCUGUCUCACACCAGCCAGGGUCCCCUCUGCCCUCCCCGCAGGGCUCCUCCCAAUGCCAAAGCGGGGACACCCAGGCAGAGGUUAAGGGCACUGCCCUGCCUCACAAACUGCGUCUCAAACACAAAGCCAUGAGCUCCCAGCAGGACUCUCCCACCACCCCUCCUCCUUCCUCUAUCCUGCCCCAGCACCCUUACCUGGCCCUCACGCAGCAGCAGAUCGGCAAAGAGAGGGAGAGUGAGAGCCAGCCCCCCACAGGGUUCUAUAAGCAGCCGUCCUCAGCUGAGUCUAGGAAGGAGAGUGGGAAAAAGGAGUCGUCAAGCGGACGCCGUAACAACAGACGAGACUAAGUGCCUAUAGAACACUUGAGGGCAACAGAAAAUGGUUGAGGUUCCUUACAUUGUGAGGUGUCUCUGAUGCUGCCUUAGAUCAAAAUAUGCUCUUUCUCUUUCCCCUCCUCAAUCUCAAUCCACUAUCAUCCCUUUACCCCAUCUAUACCUCCCUCACCUUCAUGUCCUGGGACUAAAAAGCUGGACUGAAGCCCAAAACAGGGCUGGACUUCUGGGGGAACAGUAUUCUAUGUGUAUAUAUUGUAUAUACACUUUUCAGUUCUUGCAUCUUCUCCAUAAUUACAGAAGGGCUUCUGUUUAUAAAUGAGAGGAGGGAUGAAACUCUUUCAUAUAAUUUUUCGUCAAACCACAGUUGGUCAUUUCAAAUGAGAAUAUAAGUUGACCAUUAUUGGAACUAUACUGUCAGCUUUCAGUGCCCCUCCUAUGGUGCACAUCUGGCGUUAGACAAACAUAGCAGCAACAUUCUGGGAACAUUCCCUUGAUCAAACAUGCAACACAAUGAGAAGUUCCAUCCCUCUUCCCUAACCCUACCUCUACCAAUCCAUAUUUCCCUUCCCAUCUCCAUGAUCUCACACAGCCCAUCCAUUAUCUUUCUUGUUCAAGCACUUGGUUUGUAUAUUACUGUAAAUAUACCAAUAAUUUAUAAAUAUAUAUUUUUGAAGAAAACAAACAAAAAUGUCACAACAAUGCGACAAACUGUUGAGGCAAGAAAGGACUUGGAUGUUAUCAUCCUGUUUUUGUCAGAAUUACUGUACAGUCACAUUGUGUCUACUGUUGCAAACUCCUCUUAAGUUAAAAAGCCUUUCAUGUAAUCACUUUAACUCUGUUUACAGAAACAUGGCCAAUAGCUUUUGAAAUGCAGCUUACCUGUUAUUACAGUAGAUCUUUAAGAUCUUAGACAGCAUUCAAUCAAAGUCAAUCUGAGACAGAACUAGGCUGCUGGCCUAAAGUUGAGCAUCAUCAACAGUCUAGACUUCCACUGUUCCCAACUCUUAGCCCAAUGUAUUUAUCCCUAUGCCCACAUCUGCAGAAAAGCCAAUAGGAACAUAGACUAAAAUAUGAAUGUGUAUAAACUUUAAGGUAUAAAAGCUCAAGUUAAAACCGUAAAGUGGGGACAUAUAGGGGAGAGAGUUAUUUUAAAUAUAGUAAUAUAAUCUAAAUGAUAUCUGUAUGAUAUUUGAACUCUGAGUGAGGCCACCUAGUCUCCUCUGCAAAUCAACACACUACACAAUGCACUAAGCUCAGAACCUCAGGCUUCUGACCUGACGUCGAUCCACUGCCCUAGAGACACAGAGUUAAACCCAGAUACUAGGUAAUUGGAUCUCUGAAACAGAGGCUAAUUUACUAUAUUACACAAAUAGCCCAUGACAUUAGAAAAACCUGGUUUAGAAUAAUCAGAGCUAUUGCAAUUAAGUUUUGUAAAAACCAAGGACAAUCUCUACUUUGUUAAUGAAAUAGGGAUUUCCCCUUUUUCUAAUGUGCCUCUGUAGUGUAAUACAUGGGGCAUCCACCCCCGGCCUUUAUUCUCCUCGUAUUGGGUGACAAUGAGAAGCCUGCACCGUACCACACAGUUUAUAAAGUAUAUGUACCAUGUUUAGCUUUUUUGCCACUUGUGUAUAAAUGUAAAGCUUUCCCUCUCUCAGACAACACUGUAAUGUUAAUGUCAUUGUUUUAUUUUCUGAUUAUUAUUUUCUGAUAAGUGUUGUUCUGUUAUUAUCUUCGUGUGUCUUUCUCCUAUUGACCGUAAUGAUGUAUUUGCACCAUACCCCCAUCCACCCUUUUUUCAACGUGUUUUAAAUCAGUGAUGCUUGUGUUUUUGCUGAUGGUUUUAUGAAAAAGAUUAAAAAAAGGACAAAAAAGAUGCAGACGAGACUAGUGUGGUGUUUAGCAGUAGGUGGUGUCUAGGUCGCCACCACCCCUUCUUUUUGACAUGGCUGUGUAUGUAAAGACACUAAUAUUCAUCAUGGAAGAUGGAUGCAUUUCAAGAUUGUAAACAAUAAAAAGGAUGUUGAAUUUCUCAACAUAUCG